CUAUGUGGGCGUGUAAAGAACACAAUACAUAACCCCCUGAGAGCCUUUGAGGAAACCACUGGAUAAAACAGACCAGAAGCAACUCAUUGUGUAGCAAUACUAAUUCGUGCCAUGGAAGGCAAUGCUUCAGACAGCGCUUCAACUUAUAAACCUGCUCCCAACUGCACCAACGUUGAUACUCUAAUGAAGAGGUAUUAUCUCCCAGCAAUGUAUUGUAUAAUAUUCAUUGUGGGCUUAUUGGGAAACCUGUUCGCCAUCACAGUAUAUCUGGUCAAGAUGAGACCAUGGAAGAGCAGCGGCAUCAUCAUGUUUAACCUUGUGGUAACAGAUUUUCUGUAUAUGUUGACUCUGCCGUUUUUGGUAUACUAUUACACCAAUGGCGAUUCCUGGACCAUGGGAGAUUUCAUGUGCAGGUUUGUGCGCUUCGCUUUUCACUUCAACCUCUACGGGAGCAUCCUGUUCCUCACCUGCCUCAGUGUCUUUCGCUACGUCGCCAUUGUCUACCCCUAUCGAACUCAGGAGGUGCAAAAGAAACGGUGGGGCAUCCUUCUUUGCACCAUUGUCUGGGCAACUGCAGCAGUGGCAGUCACCCCCAUGACGACAAUGAUCUCUCUGGUUGAAUUGCAGAAUGUUAUGCAAUGCUUAGAUUUUGCGAGCAAUGACUUGGAAACAGUUUGGUGGUAUGGCUGGCUUUUGACAGUGCUGGGGUUUCUUGUACCCUUAGCGAUUGUAUGCAUGUGCCACUUCAGCAUUGUACGGGCACUGAACACAGGGCCUCACACUCAGAGUGAGUGCAGGAUAAAGGCCCGACGUCAUGUCGUCCUCAUCAUUGUUGUGUUUGUGCUGUGCUUUCUGCCUUUUCAUAUAUCAAGAGCCAUCCGGGUGGAAACCAGGAGACCUGAGUUUGACUGUCUUGUGAUGAGGCGAGCUCAUGCAGCAUACAUCUUCUUUAGGCCAGUUGCAGGACUGCACACUUUUUUCAACUUAGCUUUGAAUACAACUGCUGUGGAUCAGUUUCAGAAAGCCUGUGCUGAGCUUUUCAAUUGCUUCCGUUGUGAAUCAAAACGCAAGGAAGUUUGCAACGUGGCUGUCAUUUCAUAAAUCCGACAACCCUUCAUAAAUGUAUAUGUAUACAAUUUAAAAAGACUGUUUGGAUAACUUUCAAGAAGUAAUAUUGAGGUUUUUCUGUUUAUGAACUCUGGGAUAUAUUAUUCUUAUUAGUGCAAUUACUGUGAAUCAAAACUAGUUUGUAUCUUAUGUUAAAGCAAAUGUUGAAACCAUGUUAACCAACUUUUGGUGAUGCCAGCAAGCUAAUGAUAAAAUGAUAAGCACAACACAAUGAUACAAUGCCUUGAGACCAAGGGUUUAGCUUUAGAUUAAUGUAAAAAAGUUGGUCACUUAAUGAAUGCUGAUCAAACUCCAUCUCAUGGGAUUUCUAGAUCCAAGGUAUGAUUUAAAAACAUAUAUGUAUUUAAAAUGUACAGCAUGCAGUUCACCUUACCUGCAGUGUAACACGUAUAUUUAGAGAAAUGAAAAAUCUUUAUCAAUGUCUUGAUCAAUUCAAUACAACUGUACAUUUCAUUUUAUUACUACUCUUAACUGUAAAAUAUAUAUAGAUUUAUGAUGCUCUAAAAAAAGUUUUAAGACGGGACUUGACUAUAUAACAAAGUGCCACUUUACAUUAACUGUCAGUAACUGCAGUGUGACCGGAUUUGUAGUUCUUAGUAAUUGCAUUAUAUACAACCACAUGUGUAAUUACAGUAAAAUUACAAACAACAAUAACAUGUGUCACUUAGUAAACACAUUGUUGCAUUGUAACCAUAUGUGUCAGUACUGUGUUACUGUAGUGUAGAUGCUGUGCAGUAACACUUCAUUUAAAGUGUUUGCCAGUAAAGACAUUGAAUUAUUUAUCAACAGCCUCAUUUAAAUAUCACAGCCAUCAUUUAUUAGGUUUCCUUUAUAAAAGACAAACACAUUAUGACAAACUUUAAUGUUUUUUUUGCUAUUUAUUUUUGAACUGUCAAACGUAUUUCAAACACAGUCAUUAAUAUAACACUAUUAAAACAUGCAAUGUACAUUCACCAGUAUGUGUCUGUCUGUAAUAUAAGACAAUGUGAGACUUAUUUGAAUUAUUUGUUU